AUGGUCGCUGUUCCUAGCAAGGCGGCGCCUCGCCAGUCGCUGACCGUGGUGGACAACCGGACGGGACAGACCUAUGAGGUCCCCAUCAAGCACAACUCGGUCCUGGCCACUGACAUCAAGAAGAUCAAGGCCAAGGGAGGACCGGCCGAGGAUGAGACGGAUCAGGGUCUGCGGGUGUACGAUCCCGCGUACAUGAACACGGCAGUCAUUCAGAGCAAGAUCACGUACAUCAACGGCCAGGAGGGUGUUUUGCGGUACCGUGGCUACCCCAUCCAGCAGCUGGUCAAGAAGAGCAACUUUCUCGAGUCGGCCUAUCUGCUCAUCUAUGGGGAGCUGCCCACCCAGUCCCGCUAUGACGACUGGCAGAACGAGGUCCUGAACCACACCUACAUCCACAGCGACAUUGAGGGCAUGUUCAAGUCGUUCCGCUACGACUCCCACCCCAUGUCCAUGCUGACGUCGGCCUUUGCCACGCUGGGCUCCUUUGCCCCCGAGGCCAACCCGUCGCUCGCGGGCCAAAAGCUCUACACCAACGCCGCCUCGGGCAACCCCGCGGCUCUCGAGGUGCUGGACAAGCAGAUUCUGAGAAUCAUUGGCAAGGCGCCCACCUUGGCCGCGGCCGCGUACCGGAUGCGCCAGGGCCGCCCGUUCAACCGGCCCGCCAAGGGCUUGUCCUACACGGGCAACUUUCUGUACCUGCUCGACCACCUCUCGGGCCACGAGUACCAGCCGCACCCGGUCCUUGAAAAGGCUCUCGACGCGCUCUUCAUCAUCCACGCCGACCACGAGGUCAACUGCUCCACGGCCACGGUCCUCCAGGUGGGAAGCUCCCUGGUAGACCCGUACAGCAUGGUGGCAGCAGGCUGCGCCGCGCUGUACGGCCCCUCGCACGGCGGCGCCUCGGAGAGCGCGAUCCGCAUGCUCAUUGAGAUUGGCUCGCCCGACAAGGUGCCCGACUUCAUGGCCCAGGUGGAGCGGCGCGAGCGCGUGCUGGUCGGCUUUGGCCACCGCGUCUACAAGAACGUGGACCCCCGCUCGACGGCGAUCCGGGCCCUGGCCGAGGAGGUCUUCAAGGUGACGGGGCGCAACCAGCUGCUCGACACGGCCCUGGCCCUCGCCGAGUACGCCCAAAAGAGCGAGUUCAUGCGCUCCCGCAACCUGUACCCCAACGUCGACUUCUACUCGGGCCUCAUUUACCAGGCCAUGGGCUUCCCGCUCGACUUUUACCCCGUGCUGUUUGCCGUGCCCCGCUGCGUCGGCUGGCUGGCGCACUGGCGGCAGAUGAUCCUGCAGCCGACCGGCGUCAAGAUUUGGCGUCCGCGCCAGCUCUACCUCGGCGAGGGCGAGCGCGACUACAUCGAGACCAAGGACAGAGAGGAGAAGCCCGGCAGCGCCGCGCCCGUCCAGGUCAACCACGGAGGCGACAGCAAGAGACAUGUUCUCGCCACGUACAAGGACGAGACGGGCCGUGUCUGGGGCAAGAGCAAAUUGUAG